UUCUCCAGUGCUGCCUCUCUCCAACCUCGCCUCUCUCCCGCUCCGGCGACUCCUCCGCCUCCCGCCGCAAGCCACCGACCUAGCUCCGAUCGCGGCCAUGUCGAGGCGCGGCGACUGGGUCUACGAGAACAACGGCGGGACCUGCGUGGCCAUCGCCGGGGCCGACUACUGCGUGGUCGCCGCCGACACCCGCCUCUCCGUCGGAUACAACAUCCUCACGCGCGACCACUCCAAGAUCUGUGAGCUAGCGGACAAAUGUGUACUAGCGUCUUCUGGCUUCCAAGGUGAUAUCAAAGCUCUGCACAAGAACUUAGCUGCCAGAGAAUUGCUAUACCAGCACCAGCACAAUAAAAGGAUGAGCUGCCCUGCCAUGGCACAACUGCUUUCCAACACUCUGUACUACAAGCGAUUCUUCCCAUAUUAUGCUUUCAAUGUGCUUGGUGGGCUUGAUAGUGAAGGAAAAGGAUGUGUUUUCACCUAUGAUGCAGUUGGGUCCUAUGAGAGGACUGGUUACAGUACACAGGGAACAGGAUCAUCUUUGAUCAUGCCAGUGCUUGACAACCAACUAAAAUCGCCUAGUCCACUAUUACUCCCUGCAAGAGAUGCUGUCACACCUUUGUCGGAGUCAGAGGCCGUUGAUUUAGUGAAGGAUGUGUUUGCAUCGGCAACUGAGAGGGACAUCUACACUGGUGACAAGCUGGAGAUUGUUGUCAUUAACAAGGCCGGGAUGAAGCGAGAGUACAUCGACCUGAGGAAGGACUAGAUGGACGCACUGGUGGUGCUGCUGUUGCCACAAUUUGCUUCGAAACAUGUUCCCUCCUACUACGCUAGGGAGCCAUGCCCAGAGCUGUCACUUGGUAGAAGAAACGUUUGUGCUUCCGUGCUUCUGUUCUGUACCAGAAUUCACCCACCUUGCUGUCUUGGACAAAUUGUUUCUGAGACCGAACAGAUUUAUUUGUUGUCAGAAAGAUCACAAUGCUUGACAUGUUGAA